UCCGGGAAGUGGCGGUGUUUGGGGAGAGUUUGGCGGAGACAGGGAACAACCGCGAAGGGCCAAAAUGUCGGAAAGGAAAGUGUUAAACAAAUACUACCCUCCAGAUUUCGAUCCAUCUAAGAUCCCCAAGCUUAAACUUCCAAAGGACAGGCAAUAUGUGGUCCGGCUUAUGGCUCCCUUUAACAUGCGGUGCAAGACGUGCGGCGAGUACAUUUACAAGGGCAAAAAAUUUAACGCCCGGAAAGAGACGGUGCAGAAUGAAUCUUACUUGGGACUUCCCAUCUUUCGGUUCUACAUCAAAUGCACACGCUGCCUGGCGGAAAUCACCUUCAAGACAGAUCCCGAAAACACGGAUUAUGCCAUGGAGCACGGAGCCACCCGAAACUUCCAGGCCGAGAAACUGCUGGAGGAAGAAGAAAAACGCUUGCAGAAGGAAAGGGAAGACGAGGAGCUGAAUAAUCCCAUGAAG